AUGAUUUGUUUCCACAAGAGCAAACUUCGAUACAUGUUGUCAGAAGUCAAGGAUAAGAGUGGUAACAGAGAAGACGAUUUGUUUCCUGUGAGUAGAAGUUCUUACAAUCAGAAGGGAUCGUCUGUUGGUUCUGAUGUUGGGUCACCAUACACCGAAAAACCACCCAAUCAUCAUGUGCAAGCCUUGACACUUCUCGCUGAUUAUCAGGAUACAAAAGACGCUUCCUCUGAGACAUGGAGCAAACAUGCCCUUGGUCAGAUUGUUUCAAGAAUCAGGCUUUCUCAUUCCAAAAAGUGCUCGCUUAGCGUUCUCUCAUCCCUAGAUGUUUUCUUCUUGUUUCCUUUGUUAACUGCACCUAGUGAGCAUCCUGUCUACAGGCGUAGUGCAAUUAUAACAAAUGUUGUUGAAAUGAAACAUGGAACUUUGGCUUUAGUUGAUGAAAACCUUUCAAGUGUUGUCAUUGCUUCAGGAACCAAAGGUGGUUCAAGUGGGUCCCCAGUCGUUGAUUGGCAAGGACGAGUUGUUGCCUUAAAUGCUGGAAGCAAAUCUUCAAGUGGUUCGGCUCUAAAUUUCUUACAGAAGGGAAAAUAUUCAUUUCAAGAUAAAUGGGAAGCUGUUACAAUACCACGUGGCACCCUUCAGACAACAUUUAUCCACAAAGGAGUCGAUGAAACCAGUAGACUCAGUCUUCAAAAUCAAACAGAGCAGUUAGUUCGCCUUGCAUCUCCUCUAAAUUUCUUGCAGCUUCAACCUUCAAAAAAUGCAAAUGGUGAUGAUGUAAAUCAAUGUAAUGAAAAAGAUGAAGAUGCUUCAGAGGCUGAAAAUGAACUUGUAGGAGUUGUCUUUGAUGAGAAUUUAUUGGAACUUCUGGAGUUAGCAAUGUCAUCAAACACAACUGAAACUAUGAAAAGAGCUAGAGAACUGAUGGAAUUGGGAGUUUACCCUAUGGUCCUCAUGUCUCAAAUGGCUUCACUUAUUAUGGACAUUAUUGUUGGAACAUAUCAAACGAGCAUUGUGUUUACAUUAGAAGAUGGCCCUAGGGUCUUGUUCAAUGCUUUAGCUGUGUUUACUCUAAGGGAGAUCAACUUAUCAAAAGUAACCUUCUCAACAAUAGAAUUCUACUUAAACAGGUGAGUAAUCAAGACUAAGCGAGACUUGUAAUCAAGUUUGGC